GCAUAUCACUACUCUUGCGGUUCACUUUGCGGACAGCGAAGGUCUAGCGUGUUUUUACAAGGACGCGGCUGAUUUUUUGGCAAACCUCCCUCCACCUUUGUUGUUGUCGUGUCUCUAGUUCAUCCGCUAGUCGUCAAGAGAUGUAGAGUAAACAAUGGGACGCUGGACGAGUUAUGUGAAAGCGGGGUCAUGUAUCUAUCUUGGGACACUGCUGUGGGUGAGCUUUGGGUGUGGGACCAUCAAGCAGUGAAGAAGCCUUCGUGCGUCAGAAAGACUUAUAAAAGACCUGGACCAUUUAGGUACUGCUUUGUUUACCUGUACGAAGUUUGGUCACUCUGACCACUGGCCUGUUGGAAACGCUGAGAGACACGAUGAAUCGUCUCAUAGGUCACUCUGGAGCCUUGCUACUCACCCAACUCAUCGCCUUAGCAGCCGCUUUUGACCUCUCUGGACUCGCUGGGUCCAUCGAAUCCGAAACGUUCAAUUUGACCCAUGACAUCUCUCAGCUCGUCCCUUCUGGAGAAGCUUCUGUCCUUUAUCCACCCUACAACUAUGUGCCAUCAGUAGAUGGCAAAUAUCUCCCAUCACCUCAUGGAUCAGCCUUUCAAACGCCGUGGUCUUUCCCACCUGGGUUCCCAUUCUCCCUUAUCCCCGGCGGGAACCUCUUACCUACUUUACCUGGUCUGUUCCCCGCGAAUCCCUCCGGAUUCUGGUACGAGAACAUUCAGCACAAUGGCGAGAGCCCCUUCAUACCUGAUGGAAGCAAUUGGACAGUCUAUCGGAACGUGAAGGAUUUCGGAGCCCAAGGUGAUGGUCAAACGGACGAUACGGCCGCCAUCAUCUCCGCUAUCAAUUUUCAAGAUCGUGGUCCUGGAGGGAAUGGAAAAGGCACCACGGGCGCUCCUGCCGUGAUCUACUUUCCUACUGGCUCAUACCUCAUUUCAAACUCUCUACCAAUGUACGUCGAUACCAUCUUCAUGGGAAACCCUAUCGAUCGACCUGGAAUUGUCGCUGCGUCAAACUUUACAAACACCACCAUGAUCACUGGAUUUGAUCCGGCUUUCGAUGCCCCAACCAACUUUUACAUGUCUGUCAAGAACCUCAUUUUGGAUUCGACUCAAUUCGAUGGUUCGACCGAGCUUCUCCUGCUCGAUUGGGGGGUCAGUCAAGCCACUCAAUUGACAAAUGUUCUUUUCCGUAUGCCUCAGGGAUCAGAGCAUACGGGCGUUUCGACGGUUCAAGGAGGCUCAGGGACGUUUAUGGGCAAUUUGGAGUUCAACGGUGGACUUGUCGGAAUCAAUAUGAACAAUCAGCAAUACAACGUCAAGGAUGUCAAGUUUGUAGGGUGUCAAACUGCCAUCCUCAUCUCCCAUGGGUUUGACCUUGUCUUCCAAGGCAUGAACUUUGAGAGCUGUCAGUUGGGUAUCAACGCCACAACGGGAGGGAUGGGAAACGUCGGAUCCGUCGCCUUGAUUGACUCGACGGCAACGGAUGUACCCACUGUCUUGGUGACCAAAUCUCAAGUUGACCCGUCCACCAAAACGACGACUGGGGACGACAGUAUCGUCAUUGACAAUCUUGUCGUGAAUAACGUGGAUGUCACGGUCAUGGCAGGGUCCGACACCAUCCUCACCGGCAGUGUGCCGAAUGUCUGGGUCUAUGGAAACGCGUAUGUGGCAAAUGGGCCAGUGGGAGGUCAACACGAUAAUGGAGUCACCUACGUUCCCAAUGCAAACCCUAGUUUGAGACCCAACGGUCAAUACUUUACCAUGGCGCCGCCCACGUAUCAAGAAUACGCACUGAAUCAAGUGAUCAACAUCAAAUCUGUCAGCGGGUAUCCAGUCUAUGGAGACGGUCAAUCAGACGACACCGUCAACAUCAACGCUAUCCUUAAGCGAAAUGCAGGAUGUGCUGUGACGUUCUUCCCUGCGGGGACCUACAUCGUCACGUCAACCAUUCACAUCCCACCGGGCUCGCGGAUCGUCGGCGAAGCUUGGUCUGCCAUCUCAGCUUGGGGGUCAUUCUUCAACGAUGAGACCGACCCUCAACCCAUGGUUCAAGUCGGGGAACCGGGUGACGUUGGCGUCGCCCAGAUCAGCGAAGUGCUCUUCACAGUGGCGGACAUCUUGCCAGGUUGUAUCCUGCUGGAGGUCAAUAUGGCCGGACAUCAACCUGGCGAUGUAGGCACCUGGAACACGCAUUUCCGAGUCGGUGGAGCGGCUGGAUCGAUAGUCGAGACGGGCUGCGGGAACGAGAAUGCGCCGUGUCAAGCUGCUUUCAUGUUGAUGCACCUACGACCUACCGCUUCUAUCUACAUUGAAGACAUGUGGGGAUGGACAGCAGAUCACGAUCUGGAUGGGACCAAUAAUCAAGUCAUCUCGACAGGUCGAGGCGCUCUGAUCGAAUCACAGAACCCCACUUGGCUCGUGGGGACCGCGUUCGAACACAACACACUGUACCAAUACAACCUUGUCAAUGCUCAAAACCUCUAUACGGGGAUGCAACAGUGUGAGACUCCCUACUGGCAAGGUGUAGGUAGUCCGGAACUCGCACCUGCUCCUUGGACUCCUAAUGCCACGUACAAUGACCCGACAUUCAGCGUCUGCGGUGCAAAUGAUGCCAACUGUCGAAUGGCAUGGUAUCAGCGAGUCACUGGAGGAUCCAACAUCAAUCUGUAUGGAUCUGGCUUUUGGACAUUCUUCAACCAUAAUGGUGCUUGCCAAGGGAUCGAAGGGACAUGUCAAGAUAACGCCGUGGAGAUUAUUGGAAGUCCUCAGGGUUUAGAUUGGUGGAAUCUCAAUACGAGAGGAGUCUUGAAUGUCGUCAUUGACGAUGGAGAGGUGUUGGCGACUCAAAACAAUAAUCCAGGUUCUUGGGGUGCCGUCGUAGCGGCUAUAUUGACUCAUGCCACUGGUCUAGCCGCCAGGCGGAGGAGGAGAUGGGUGCCACCUCAUGGUUACAGAGGGAGAGUAAAUAGAGCACGGUUCUGAAAGUUUGUUCAACAGUAAUAACGACCAAUGUAUCCAUUAGGCUGGCGCUGGC